AGAUUAUGUAAAUUGCACCACUUGCGCACUUGCAAUUGGCAAAUCAAGGAGACAAAAGCUCAAGAAGAGACAAACGACAACCACCGAUACCAACCAACCACUGCCCGCCUUCUUCCAAUCGACACACACACAUACACACACACGCACACGCACACGCACGCAGUAGCAUUGCAGCUGAAGAAGAUGGACGCGAGUGAGCUGCGCACAGACUUGGAAGCGCUGCAUGCAGAGGCAGAGGCGUCAACCUCAAUUGCAGCAGUGACCACAGUGGUGAACGACUACCUGAACAAGUUCAGGUCAGCCUCGGCCAAAGCCGCCGUGCAAGACGCCAUUGCAGAUGUCCUGCCGCACAUGGACGCCGCAGCACACCCCCUUCCCCUCGCCAUUCUCUUGCUCCUUCAACAGACAGCUGAGGACACACCCCAGCGCGACCAGUGGAUCGCCUAUGUCUCUGCGCUGUUCCAUAACGGCGACAUCACAAAGAUCCAGCAAUGUCCAGAACCUUUCAUGUCGCUGGCACAGAUGCUGUCACGCAUCUUGCUGAAAUGCAACCAGGCCAUUCGCGGUGUGUUGGCGGUGAAAGCGCUGCUGCAGCGCCUCGUGGCGCCCACAACAUAUUGCGCCCUUCACACCGAAUUCGCAAAGCUUGCGGUGGCAGCGCGGCUGUAUCGGAUUGCCGCCGACGUCGUCGCCCACCCCAUCUACGAUAUUUACAAACACGGCGCGGACACGGAGCGCGUCAUGUCAUAUCUGUACUACAAAGGUCUGGUGCAGAUUGGCAUGAAGCAACAUGCUGCCGCCCUGCACACCCUCACGCUCCUCAGCAACUACCCUGGCGAGGCCGUCAGCGCCAUUGCUGUUGAAGGAUACAAGAAACUCGCCCUCCUCUCUGUUAUUGUCCACGGUCGCGCUGUCAAAGACAAGUCGUCGAAUUCCAUCGGCGUCUCUGUGUUGUCGCGCAUCAACCGCCUCUGCUCAAAAUACAACGCGUUUGCUGAAGCCGUGGUUGCGAACAAGAACGUCGACAGGCUCAUGCAGUCCUACACAGACAUGUUCAGAGAGGACAACAACAUGGGUCUGGCCAAGCAGUGCGUCGAAGCCGCCAAGCGCCACCGCAUCCAACGGCUCACCAAGACGUUCAUCACGCUGUCGUUGGAUGCAAUUACGCAGCGCGCCGCUCUCAACGACGUCCGCGAAGCACAGGCCAUCCUCGAGGACAUGAUCCACUCGAAUCAGCUCUGCGCGACUAUUGAUGCGCGGGCCGGCGUCGUCUCCUUCCAUGACCGUCAGGCGCCCAACAUGUCUGAGCAGUCGCUGCAAGAGCUCCAGUCUAACUUCCAGAAAACAGCAGAGCUGUACCAGGCCGCACGCCGGACCAACGAAGCCAUCGAGACGAGCACAACGUACAUCAAGCAGAGCAUCCAGGCCAGCGGGCUUUCAAUGGACUUUGACAUGGCAACAGAUUACGACAUGUGACCAGCAGCAGGCAGCAGCAGCAGCAGCAGGCAGCACGCCGCCAACCGUGUCCUCUCUGUAUUGCUUUACCAUGUCUUGCUUUCCUGUAUGGUUGCGCCUUGUUUUGUUUGGGAUAACGUGUCGUUUGUAUGCUGUCAAGCACAUUGAUGAAAUAAUUGCUCCGA